ACUCUCUUUCACUAAUUUCUAUACACAAUUAAAAAUCCAUUUAAGUCAUGUUUAAUUCUUCAUCAGACCCCUUCAUGACUUCCUCAGAGCAUAAUGGAAACAAUUGUAUUAACAACAACAACAACAAAAGAAAAAGAAGGCCAGCUGGAACCCCAGAUCCAGAUGCAGAAGUGGUAUCUUUAUCACCAAAAACUUUAUUAGAAUCAGAUAGAUACAUAUGUGAGAUCUGUAAUCAAGGAUUUCAAAGGGAUCAAAAUUUACAAAUGCAUAGAAGAAGGCAUAAAGUACCAUGGAAAUUGCUAAAAAGAGAAACCCCUAUUGUUAAAAAAAGAGUAUUUGUUUGUCCAGAGCCAACUUGUCUACAUCAUGACCCUUGUCAUGCUCUUGGUGAUCUUGUUGGUAUUAAAAAACACUUCAGGAGGAAACAUAGUAAUCACAAACAAUGGGUAUGUGAGAAAUGUAACAAAGGAUAUGCUGUUCAAUCUGAUUACAAGGCACAUCUCAAAACAUGUGGAACUCGUGGUCAUUCUUGCGAUUGCGGUCGCGUAUUCUCCAGGGUGGAGAGCUUCAUAGAGCAUCAAGACUUAUGUAGUUUUGGAAGACUUCGAUCAGAAUCACAAUCUUUAAUACAAUUACCAUCAGCACCUUGCCUUUCUCGUACAGCUUCAAGUCCUAGCCCUUCAAGUGAUCACACAAAUAAUCUCAUCACCACUACUAAUACAGUCCCAUGGCCUAAUUUUAUUAUGAAUACUCCAAAUGCCAUAAUAAAAAAACACAAUUUAGAGCUCCAACUCUUGACUACUACUACUACAACAACAUCUCCAUCUAGCCCCUUUGAUGUCUCCGUAUCGUCAAAAUCGCGCGAUGAUUAUAAUCUUCAACUCUCUAUUGGUUCAUCGGAUCUAAGUGAGAAGAAUGAGUCGGAGAAUAAUAAUAAUGACACACACAGAUCGAGAAAUGGUGUAGAGGGGUUGAGGCAGGCGUUAGCCGAAAAAUUGUACGCGGAAGAGGUGAGAAAGAAUGGGAGGAGAGAAAUUGAAUUGGCGGAGGAAGAAUUGGGUAAUGCAAGGAGAAUAAGGAGACAAGCACAAAUGGAAUUAGAAAAGGCACAAGUAUUGAAGGAAGAAGCAAUAAGGAAAAUUAAUUUUACUCUUUCACAAAUCACAUGUCAUGCUUGCAAACAAAAGUUCCAAGCUAAAAGGAUAACAACAGCAAGUAUAGUUCCUAAUUCUCAUCAUGACCAAAAUAUUCAUCUCAAGUAUAGUACUUGCCCAACAUCACUACACUAA